UAAUAUACACUUAAGUUGCUAUUUGACUAAUAAAUUAGUCAUGAGUCGCAGUAAGCCCUGGCCAAUCUCAAGCCCGCAGAAAGAAAUUUUGAAAAUGGCCGCCGACUUUGCUAACCAAAUUCGUGUUGUUCGCGUCCAGCCAGUUGCCACCGUGAGAAGCAUUUUCGAGCGUCCAUGUUACGGCCCAGUCAUGGACUCGUAUGAUUACAGCAAGAAGUGGCUGGAGGCACAGAACUACCAACUGCGUGGUUUUGUGGAUGGCUUCCUGGAAAUGUCGGAGGGCCGUGAUGCCGAGCUCGUGCCCGUCAACAGCCCCGCUUCAAACACAAAGGUGUCCCGAGCACUGCCCGCGGAUGUGGAGCUCUUCAACCAAGCCCUUAAGUCGUCGACGACCGCGCAAGCGGCUUGGGCAGAGCUGGACCCACAUACGCGCUGCACGCACCUAUACAACGUGGCACGCAGCUUGCAGAAGCACUUCACGAGCUUUGGCGAGAUGGAGAGCCUCCAGUCAGGCAAGGUUCUGCCCUUCAGCAUGGAGGAGGCUACACAGAUGGUGCGAUACUUGUACCACUGUGCCGGUGUUGCCAUGACUCUCAGCGAGCGAUUCCCGGCGUCCCGGCCAAAGGGUGUCGUCUUGGUGUUGGUGGAGGACGCCAGGGCAACCUGCCCCGUGUCUGCAUGGCGGGUUGGCGAGGUCUUGGCGGCUGGCAACUCGCUGCUCAUCGUCGUCAAGUCCGACUUCUGUCUGGCGCCCAUGCACUUUGCUGAAAUCGCUGUCUCUGGGGGGCUGCCCAGUGGACUGCUCAACGUGCUGAUCAUGCCGUCGGAGGGCAUCGAGGAGUUGCUGGAGACAGAUGGUAUUGGGCACGUGCACGUGGUGGCAUCGCAGAGCCGCUGCCGGGAGCUUCGCCGCCUGAUGGCCGAGCCCCUGGUGUCCUUCUCCAGCUACUGGGGCUGCGGACGGGCCGUGGCUGUGGUGCUCGAGGGCGCCGAUCUGCACGGAGCUGCUGCUGGCAUUGGCCAGUCCUUCGCCAACAGUGGUGGGAAGGGUGAAGCAUGCGGUGUGCAAGUGUUCGUCCAGGAGUGCGUGUAUGCCAAGUUCAUAGGGCUGCUGAGGAAGGAGCUGCAUCGCCUCCGUGUUGGUGCGCCCAACAACCGAACCAGCGACAUGAGUGUUGUCUUCCCGCAAGGCAUAUCCACGCCUCCGUCGCCACCGAAGAUUGCCUACACGGAGCUGCCUGAUGCUGAGCUUCUUUCUGCAGGUCAAGCAGACAAGCACCACUACCCGCCAAGGCCAGCACUGUUUGCGGACGUUGCACCGUCUUCACCAGUUGUGGUUGACUCGGUGGGUUGGCCACUGGUGUUGGUGACUCAGUUCCGCACAGCCAAGGAGUCGGUGACACUGGUAAACAGUGCAUUGCAUCAUUCGGAAGUGAGCUUGUGGACUGAGAAGCUGCCCGUUGCCUUGGAGCUUGCAGCUGCCUACAAAGCGACAACUGUCUUCGUCAAUGGGCAGGGACUCCGUGACGCUUCCGUUGAGUUUGGAUCGCGCGCUGGUGUCGCCUGCGGUGAGCGGGGCCUUCUUACGUUCAUCAGGCCAGCUGAGAGCCCGGCUCAGCUGUCCCGCUGCAAGAAGAACCUAGACGAAUUUGGAGCCAAGGUGCAGGAUGUGCCCAUGGGUCCAUUUGGCAACAUCGAGGAAGGGGGUGAGCUUACAACGUACAAGAUGUUCAUCGGUGGUCAGCAGACACGGCCAGUGUCCAACGCCUCCAACCCUGCCAGCAGCAACGACAGCAGGACAGUGGGCUACUUCCCUGAGGCGGGGCCCAAGGAUGUCAGAAAUGCCGUGGAAGCAGCGCUCGCAGGCUUUAAGACGUGGUCAUCCCGGUCGGCACACAGUCGAGCCCAGGUGCUGUUCUACCUGGCCGAGAACCUGCAGAUGCGGGCGGCCGAAAUGGCCAGCCUCAUACGCAACAUGACAGACCGACCCGAGACGGCGUGCAAAGCCGAAGUCGACGCCUGUGUUCGCCGACUGUUUUACUGGGCCGCCGCAUGUGACAAGGAUGCUGGUUCUGUCCGAAGCACGACCGUCAAGGGUACAGUGGUGCGCGUGAACGAGCCCGUGGGCGUGAUUGGCAUUGUCUGCGCGGAGGAGUCCUUCCUGCUGAGCAGCUUCGUGUCGGCCAUGGCGGCAGCCCUGGCAGCUGGCAACUCGGUCGUCGUGCUCGCCAGCACAGAGUGGCCACAGCCGGCGCUGCGCUUCUGUCAGAUCCUGCAGACGUCGGACGUACCGCCGGGUGUGGUCAACGUCCUGUCAAGCAAGGAGCAGUCGGUGGCGCUGCGCACACUUGUAGAGCACCACGACGUCGGUGCCGUCUGGUACUUCGGACAGGAGAGUGACGCGGCGGCAUUCCUCGAAUAUGCGGGGGCGCACAAUGACAAGCGCAGCUGGGUGUUCCCCAUGCAAGACUGCAGCGACCAGGACCGCCACUGGAUGGGCUGGCAGGUCACCCAGCACACGACGAUGCCCAAGAGCAUCUGGCUGCCGUUUGGCGAUACGUUCGCCAACUGAUGGCGAGGACCAUUGGUGGUUGCCAGCACUGCCAUGGGAGACCUUGACCAGGAUGGCUUCGUUUACACGAACUUGACGGCGUGUCAAGUCAAAAGUUGGUCUGAUCCAGACCGAUCGGACCUUGUUAUUGGGUGUUUUGCCCUGUAGUGAAGUAAUUCAACCAAACCCUCCCAGGAAAUCUGACCCAGCUCUACCCAACACACUCUGUCUGACCCAAUGAGUGGAUUUCAGCCCAACAAGCUGACUCAACCCAACUUUGUUAUUUCCACGUAACCGUAGCUAGCAUCUAAUCUCCUACACGCUGUCAUUGAUGAGCCUGUUUAGUUCUUGUUCUGUAUCUUUUUUUUUUUCAAGAGAGAUCAUCACUCAUGCUUAGCUAGUUUACACUAUGCCUUUGUUGUUUUUUAUUUUUAUGCCCUUAAGCCUUCCUUUCUGUAUUAUUGAUGCAGAUAUACCUUGCCGGUGGUCUUAUCAACUUUGAGCCAUUUAGGUGAGAGCAUUUCAUAUGGAAGGCCUAAUUUAGGUUUCACCCUAGUAUUAUUUUGUGGAGACUUCUUAUGGCCACCCUUUGUGAUGCAACUUCAAGCGUCAUUUCGUAUGACCCUUGCGAACCUCUUGUGUGCCGUUGCAAACACCCAUAAUGGUUCACUGUGCCUUUCUUGCCGUUGUGCCUUGUUCCCGGGCAUAGUGACUGAACAUGACUGUUCUGACACAACUCUGAACCAUGUUAGAACAAACUCCCUCUAUGUUGAACACCGGCUUUGGAAAUUCAAGUUAUGAACUUGGAAAUCUAUAGGUCUUACCAAGUUUGGCUUAAUGCAACAAGUCUGUGGGAAAUGGAACAAAUUAACAUGUUAUCCAGCUUACUGGAUAACAUGUCCUAAAUUUGUUUGUCCUAAAUGGUAUCUUGUAACAUAUUAGAGAGCUUUCAAAAUAGUGCACCCAAAGCCCUUCGCCCUGUUUGCAUUCUUUUGUACACCUUUAUGUGUUCUUUUGUACAACUGGCAGUUCGCAUCCCCUAACAUUGGCGGUGCAGAACCUUAAGCUCCCUAUUUUUAAAAAAAGUGCAGAAUUCAUCUGUUACUAAAGGGAAAUUACCUUGCAAAACUUAUCUAGAAAAAUUUUUUUUAAAUGUGCCUUACACAAACAGUUAUUGGCAAUGCUAUGCUGCCACUGCUACACCUUUGUGGUUAUCCCUGCUUUUUCGUUGUUCAGGCUAUGCUCAAAGCUUGUGCCAGCGCAAAGCAAUGGCCGCCACUGUUCCACCCAUCAUCGCUGCAGGCUUUAAUACCCUCAUGGUCACUUGUGUUUGGCCUGUUCUAACACCUGAUCUCAGAGGCCAUAGUAUCAACGCAUUGUGGUAUUGUACUGUGGCACCAGAUGGUGCCACUGCUCAAUGAGUCUCGAAAUUUCUCCAUUUUUAGACCUCUUGGAGACACUGUUCACUCGUGGCAUCUAGAGAAACCUGGCCAAUGACCUUACUGUUUAUCUGUGCAUAAGAGUUAUCUUAAACAGGGUUGGGAACUCGAAGAAGCUGGCAGUCUUUGAACAAAACUGAAAUCAGGAGUCUGGCAAAAUUUUAUCUGAUCAGUGCUGACCAGAAUGACGAAAUUGUCGAAAAAUUGCCGUUUCACACGAACAAGGCAGUGGUCACUUUCCCGCGAACACAGGAAUAAUAUUUGGCUGAGCAGUUUGUGAGGCCACAUUGCCUGACAACUUGGCAGGUUUGCUUACCAUAUUCAAAACAUGUACUGCAGUAUUUUGAAGAACUGUCGGUUUCCUCACACCCUCCCAAGCUAGAGAAACAAGGGAUUGAAGAAGUUGAGUGUAACAGGCUGGACUGUUGCUCAAGGUAUUCCUUCCCAAAGUACAGUUUGAGAUUGCAGUCAGAACUUAGCGCAGCUAGCUGUUUCACAGUAUCUGUACAACUUUGGUGCUGUCCACUUAUAGCAUUCCAUCAUUGCAUCUACAGUGCGACUGUUCGCAGUGCUAAAGGAGCACAGAGUGACAUGAGAUGUGAAUGUCAUUUCUGGUUAUCGUGGAAGCUUGUCACUGUAUUCGCCCAUGUAAUAUAAUGUCCGCGUUAGUUCAUCAAACUUGGACACCAUGGAGUUUAUUACAUCAUUGUACGCAUGUGCUGUUUGCAGGUGUGAGUAGUGUUGUUCAUGCUCAAGAGUACCACAAACCUUAUCCCCAGUUAACCAAAAUGUAGGUGAACAAUUUUAUUUUUUUGCGAACACAGCUGUUUUAAGCGUUCCUGUUUUUGAAGGUCUCAUUCCUGUAGCAGUAUUAUAUCGCUCUUUGCUACCUUUUAACUUCGUGUUAGUGUUUCAGUAAUAUUUCUAAUAUUUGCUGCCAUGUUGUCUGCGUAUGGUGCUAGCUUUUUACUGACUGUUCAUUUGUUCCUUUAUUAACCUUUUUCAUGUUAUAUUUUUAAUACCCUUUUGUAGUGUCUUGUAGCAUAUGUAGCAUGAAUGAUAGCUAGCCAGAGAAGCAUGCUAAGGACUUCAUCUGUACCUGUUGUGUAUUCGUUAGCAGUUAAUAGCCAUUUGUGCUUGGAACAAGAAAGGAAUGAGUUGGUCUUUUGUUGCAUAUGUAUUGCUUACACCUCCAGAUGUAUGCUUACUCGUUGAAGAACUGUUUGAUGAGAGACUAUUAUCAUCAGUUUUUCUGGGACCUGACUGUGCACAUAGGUUGGACGAAGAACAUUUCUAUUUUUAAGAAAACGUUGUGAAGCGUGGGUCAUGAGGUGGCUCAUGGUCUUCAAGUGUUGUUUGACAGUACUUAGACAAAUGUUGUUGUUUGGGCAUUGUUUGUGCGUUGUAAUAAAAAUUUAACAAGCCUGACA